ACUCGACAUUAUCGACAUUUUCUGUGCUUUUUAUAUAAAAAUUAUAUUCUUUCUCGUCAUUUAUCGUUUAUAAUUUAGUGUCACUUUAAUACAGUUUUAUUAAUAACUGCCACGCCUGUUUCCUGACAUGUUUUUCAAAGACACCCUCUCUGCUGCAUAACAAUUCAUUCUUCCGGUUUCACAAAACACUGCGAGUGAAGAGCCCUUUAAAGUCCUGUCGUACUGUUCGAGAAGUAUCGAUACGUUUUGUCCCAUAAAUCAAGAAAAGCUCAGUUGUCAAGUCUCCACUCUCGGGGACUUUGCCUCAGCAGCUGUUCAAGAUGCCACUAAACGAUGAGCGUCCCACCUCCACAUCCACUAUGGCCAGCGAGGACCUGAACAGUGAUACCGAGUCAUCGGAGAGGUGCGACAGUUUGACUUCGUGCAGCGAUGUUGACUAUUCUCGUCAGAGCUUCACCAGCAAUUCUUCCAGCAAACACAACUCACCUUCUUGCAGUCCACCAAAAACCGUAACACUUGAUGAAGUUAUGGAUUCAGCCCGGGACCUUUCUAACCUGUGCCUGGCUCACGAGAUCGUAGUCAACCGCAACUUCCACCUAGAGCCUCCAGAACUACCUCAACACAGCUUGGAGAAGAGGGUAAAAGAUAUGGUGCACAAAGCCUUCUGGGAUUGCCUUGAAUCAGAGCUGAACGAAGACCCGCCUGAGUACGACUAUGCCAUCAAACUUCUAGAAGAGAUCAGAGAUGUAAGUCAUACGUUUACCUCGGUACAAUGA